UAACCACAUUUAACUCAUGGCCCCGCCAGCACUGAUGGAACUUAGAUGCUUGUGAUUUAGUCUUCACUAAUAAGGAUUAAGCAACUACAUUCCAAAUAUAAUCGUGGCCAAGGAUACGUGAAUCUCCAAAGUGAAUAUUUACAGCAAGCAGAGGGAUUAUCACAGGGCCGAUGGUAGUCUGGUGGAACUAAUCGUUAACAGCAAUUGAAGUAUUUUUUUUUGCUUUGUUUUACAGGAUGCUUUAGGAUGUAGUCACUAUUUUUAAACAUAUGUAUAUUAAAAUUUAAAGAGCCUUAUGAGAAAGGGCAAUGCUUUGACCGAGGAUUUUAUACAUUCCUUCUAAAUCACAUGCUUCGUUGUCAUUUUGCUGUUGCUUGUCACGUUGUAUGAUGCAGGGACAGGAGGAAGUUCAAGAAGAAGACCUGUUUGACAGAUUCAAGGAGAUUUUGACACUUAACCCAGCAUUAAUAGGUUCGUUGACUUCCAUUGCCUUCAUAAUUAUCUGUUGGGCCAUCAGAGACAGCCUCAAAGUCAAAGAUGUUUGUGAAAAACACAUUUUCAUCACAGGUUGUGAUACUGGAUUUGGCAACUUGUUGGCACAAAGACUUUACAGAAAAGGGUUUAUUGUAAUUGCUGCCUGUCUAACUGAAAAAGGAAGCCAGGAAUUAAAAGCCUGCACUUCGUCAUCACUGCGAACUGUAAUCCUGAACGUAACAAACCCCAGGAGUAUUGAUAAUGCUGUAGCAUACGUGGCCACAGAAACCGGUAACAAAGGAUUAUUUGGAUUGGUCAACAAUGCUGGAAGAGCCAUUCCUAUUGGACCAACUGAUUGGAUGGAUAUUGAAGACUUUCAUAGAGUUCUUGAUGUCAACCUGAUUGGACUUAUUGAAGUUACCUUGAAAUUCCUGCCACUAAUAAAAAAGGCCAGAGGAAGGAUAGUUAACGUAGCCAGUGUUAUGGGAAGACUUGCAUUUGGAGGUGGUGGCUACUGUUUAUCUAAAUGUGGGGUGGAAUCUUUUUCGGACAGCUUAAGGAGAGACAUGCAGUAUUUUGGCGUGAAAGUUAGCAUUAUCGAACCUGGUUUCUUUAAGACUGGAGUAACUAGCCUGGAAAUUAUUGAGAAAGAUUUAAACCGACUUUGGAACCGAUUAACACCUGAAGUCAAACGUUUAUAUGGAGAGAAGUAUUUUGAAAAAUAUGUGAAAGUCCAGAGGCUAUCAAUGAACACAUUUUGUGAUGCUGACAUUUCUAAAGUGACGAACUGCAUGGAACACGCCUUGACAGCAAGAUAUCCCAGAACACGAUAUGGAGCUGGAUGGGACGCCAAAUUUUUUUGGUUGCCAUUGUCCUAUGCACCAGCCAUUGUUGCUGAUGUAAUGUUAAAGCUGAUAUUACCACGGCCACUAGGACACAAAAGAGUUCUGUCUAAAAACCAGGUUGAUGUAUAAAAGAUUGCAACUUUUUGUUGUAUUUAUGUACAAAUGGUAUUUUGUUUGAGAAGAACAUGUGAUUGAUAUUGACUUAUAUGUUGCAUUAAACACUUUUCCUACAUCCA